GAGCCCAGUUGCCAGUUCAGUCCGUCUACACAUCAGCAUGGAGCAAGGUGCUUUGGAUUACGAGUACGCUCCAGCAACUGAAGCGGACAAGGCAGAGGUUCGCCAAGCUUUAGCAACCUACUUCUACCCGGAGGAACCACUGACACUCGCCCACCGAGAUGGUCCGUUCGUUACGGAGGACGACAUGGAGAACGCACUGUCCUUCCUGGCGCAAGGCACCACCAUUCUAGCCCGUACCGCGGCGAAAGGUGAACUGGUUGGUGUUUCCAUUGGUGGUCCUUCAGCGCACGAAAUCUCGGUGCCGAUUACCACCCGAAAGUUAGCCGAUAUUGUAGCGUUUCUGGAGAUGCUCGAUGUUCGGGCGUACGGGUUUGCGCGUUCGAGUUCAGCGUACCACGUGCACGCACUAGCCGUCCAUCCUGCUCACCGGGCCCACUCGAUCGGACGGCGUUUGAUGGAGGAACAGAUCGCGUUGGUUCGUGCCCGGUGGCCAGCGUUUGCUGCCGUGACGGUAGAAACAACUGGCCCCGGUUCGGGUCGGCUUAUGGGCCGUAUCGGGCUGCGUGAAACCGGACGGCUUAGCUUCGCGGACUACCGGGAUGCGGCGGGUGAUCAAGUGUUCCUUGGAGCAGGGGAAGUGGUUGCCUGGGAGAUGAAACUUUGAAAAUUAAAAACAAAACCGUUACGACAGCACGUAGGUUAGGAUGUGUUUUGGAAUAAAUGUUAGUGUAAUGAAUGUUUUAAAAAAUCAA